UAUAAUUCUCUCAAAUGGAAGACGAAAAAAUUAAAAAAAAAUUACUCCGAAAAAACAACCUCUUUUCUCUCCUUUCUCUCAUUCAUCUUCUUCUUCCUCCUAUUCAUUCUCCCAACAAAUCCACCAAACACAAAUCUUCACAUUUUCACCAUCUCACAUUUCAUCACACAAAUAUACACACAGAUAUCUGUAUCUACAAUCAAAUUCACUCAUGUGGCGCUUCCGCGAGAAAAUAAUCCCUAAUAGCAACAAAUCGCUGAACAAAUCGUUGUCUCAAAGCUAUUCAUUUAAAGACGUCGAGUCUCUCUCCGACAAUGACCGCCAAUCGGCUCCGUCGAAGACUGCCGCGGUUUUCCACCGUAUUCGCCGCUCCUCGGCCGCUUUCCGCGCCUUUUCGUCCACGACCCGACCUCCCGACCCGAUCCGAACUCCCCAGCCCGAACCGAUCCAAACGCCACAGCCCGACCCAAUCCAACCUCCCGAGCCUGAACCGAUCCAACCUCCCCAACUUUACCCGAAAAGUUCGCUCAGCGGCGCCGAGGACCGCGUUGUUGUUUAUUUGACCUCAUUGCGAGUCGUCCGGCCGACUUUCGAGGCGUGCAAGACCGUGCAAUCGAUUCUAACCGGUUUUCGAGUGAAUGUCGACGAGCGGGAUCUCUCGAUGGACGCUUCUUUCAGUUCUGAGCUGCAGAGAAUCUUCGGCGUGAGUGAGGAGACGCAAGUGGCAUUGCCUAGGGUUUUUAUCGGGGGAAAGUACAUUGGUGGUGCGGAGGAGUUGAGGCAAUUGAAUGAGACCGGAGAGUUGAAGAAAAUGAUUGCGGAAUUGCCAGAGGCGGAUGCUGGCGUUUGUGAGGAAUGCGGUGGAUUUAAAUUCGUUGUGUGCGAGGAAUGUAAUGGAAGCCAUAAAUGUUACAGGGAGAAGAACGAUGGAUUUAGGACGUGUAAUGUGUGCAAUGAGAGCGGUUUGAUCAGGUGCAAUUCUUGUUCUUAUGGACCGAUCUUUUAGAUAUCUGACUGAUUUUAUUGAUGUUAGUAUUAAAAUGUAUUGUUAGGAGGUUUAUGGCUAUGAUUAUUUUAUAUAUGAUUAGAAGAUGAUAGAUAGCUAGAAGUGUUGGUUCAUAACAAAACAAGAAGAAAAAGUAAAGAGGAUAUCGUUUUUGAAUGGAAAAGGUCUCUCUUUAAUUACAAGUUCCUGGUUUUGUUCUCGGGACACAAUUUUGUAAAGCCGAAGAAAAAAGUUGUAUUAAUAAACUUUUUGCAAGUGCUGAUUUUAGAGGAUAAAUGUUCUAUUAGCUUUUGUUUCUGUAAA